AGCCGGAACCGGAACCAGAACCGAGCUGCGAGUUGUCUCGCUCGCUCGCUUGUCUAUGAACUGACAACACAUGUUAUGAACUUAGUUAUGUCGUGAUCAUCUUCUCAGUUAAAACAAUGAAGCCAACGAAACGUUACUUCGGGGCGGACGCUGUAGCGGCAAAGACAGAUGCUCGGCAAGAUGACGGAAGAAAAGACAAGUCCGGAAUGAAUGAGAGCAAGUCCGGCACUGAAGACAGAUUAAUGUUGCUACCGGAUGACAGUGAUAGCAAACAAACUUCCAAAAAACGGUCUAAAGUUCCGAACAUGAGAAAGAUUGAUCCCUACCCAGGCGAGGCACCUGUAUCGGAGGAUACUGUGAAGAAGUACACAAAAACAAAGAAAGUUAAAUCUGCAGGAAUAAAAGGUAAAUAUCAUGAGCACCGAUACAAACAGCAGGUGCAAGCUACACGGUUGGCUGCAACGCAAGCUGCCAGAGCAGAGCUGCUACUGCGAGAGGACACAGGGUAUUUCGAGGCAGAUGAAGGUGAAGACACGAGCAAAAUUUCACAGUAUGACAUAGCUGAUGCUGUUGAUAUAACUAGUGCAGAAAAGUUCUUUGAAUUGCACCUGGACAAGUUUGGACCAUACAGAAUUAAUUACACAAGAAAUGGAAGACACUUGUUGGUGGGUGGAAGGAAAGGUCACCUAGCAGCCAUUGACUGGCAGACUAAACAUCUGAUGUGCGAAUUCAAUGCUACAGAAGUUAUAGAAGAUGUGAAAUGGCUACACACAGAAAACAUGUUUGCCGUGGCUCAGAAGAAAUGGACAUACGUCUAUGAUAACCAGGGCUUAGAGCUGCAUUGCCUCAAACUGCUGGACUCUGUUCUGCGCAUGGAAUACCUGCCAUAUCACUUCCUGCUAGCCACUUCUAGUGCCAAAGGUUAUCUGUCCUGGCUAGACAUCUCAGUAGGCAAGCAAGUUUCGGGUUGCGUCACGCACAUGGGCCGACUUGACGUGAUGUGCCAGAACCCGCAUAAUGCUAUCAUUCACCUAGGUGCCACCGGAGGCAGCGUUACGUUGUGGUCACCAUCCGUUAAGGAGCCACUCAUAAAGAUGCUGUGCCACAGAAGUGCCAUCAGAGGUUUAGCUGUCGACACCACUGGAAAUUACAUGGCAACUGCCGGUGUGGAUCGCUCUCUUCGAGUGUUCGAUCUCAGAACCUACAAGCCUCUCUACAAAUACAAGAUCUCUGCCGGAGCCACCUGUCUCAAUUUUAGCCAGACGGGCCUGUUGGCUGCCGGGUUAGGUAACGUCGUUGAGGUGUACAAGGAUUGUCACAAGUCACAGGUGACGGCUCCCUACAUGUCACAUCGGCUCACGUCUCCCAUGACAAAUCUACAGUUCUGUCCGUACGAGGAUGUUGUUGGUGUGGGACACGGCCAGGGAUUUGCCAGCCUAAUCAUACCAGGUGCCGGGGAGGCCAAUUUCGAUGCUUUGGACGUCAAUCCUUACCAAACCAAAAAGCAGAGGCAGGAAUGGGAGGUUAAGGCCCUGCUGGAUAAGAUUCAACCAGAGCUGAUCACGCUUAAUCCACACGAAAUCGGGCAGAUUGAUCAACCGGCAAUGCAAAGUAAAUUGGACGCUAGGAGCAAGUUACUGUUAAUCAAGUCACCAAAGUCCGACUUUGAGCCAAAACACAAGAAAAAGGGCAAAAGCAAAACUGGCAGGGUGGAGUCGAGGAAGAAGGGCCGGAGGUUCGAAGAGAAGAGGGAGUUUAUCAAAGACACCGUGAAGCUGAGAAAAACUGCUGCGGUGGAGGAGUCUCAGAGCAGCGAGCCCGCGCAGCCGAAAACGACGUUAGACCGCUUCAAGAGUGCGCCACAGACAGGAUCACGUGUCACAUAACUAUCUGUACAUUGUGGUGGGCCUGUUCGCGCCUAACUGAAGAAGAUCGUGUUCAAUUUCAUACCGUGAUGAAAAUAUCGUAAUAAUAAAUUUUUUUCGCUAUAUA